UCUUCGAAACCCUCCCUUCACAACUUCUCUCUCAUUUCUAACUUCUCCUCUUUCUUCUCAACUGCAACUAUCUCUCUCCUCUCCCCCCUCCCCCCUUCUCUCUCGCUCUCUUGUCUCCUUCGUCUUCCUCGUCUUCACUCUUCCCAUCUCUCAAUUUCCAUUCUCUAAAAUGAAGCAUGCACCCAGGAAACCCUAUUUUGCUAUAUACCCAUGUCGCCGAUCCACUGCCAUCUUCUAUUCCUAGCGCUAACGGCGCCGGAAUCAAGGGCGACAGACCCCUCGGAAACGUACGUCGUCUUCCAAAGAAAAUGCUUCACCGUCCGAUCCCAAUUCCAUGGUUCCCGAUUCCAAACCCUCGCCGACUAAGUUGAAGAGCCUGCUCCCUCUUCUAAUCCACUUAAGCGGAAGCUCAGUAUGGAGACCGUUCCUGAGAAUUCCAUCCCUGGGUUGUCUGAUUCUAUUGCGAAGAUUAGAGAAGAUGGAAAAUCUGGUGUAGAAAAUUUAACAGAGGAGUGUGUAUCCACAAUGGCAGACGUUACUCGGCUUCUAAUGAAGGUUAUGUUGGAUACAGCGGGUCCUGAGGUGUUGGUUGUAACUAAAGUGAGAAAUCUAUCUCUUCAGGAAGAUGGGUUUGUUGUUCUAACACCCAAUCAAGAACUAGAGGCAUCUUCGGAGCUGCUACCUAUAAAUUAUGGUGGAUUUUCAAAGGUCCUUAAGAAAGGAGACAUCCUUUUUCUUGGUGAGUACCUCUUUGCUGGAAGUCAAACAUCUGUCUGGUUGGAGGUUUUCGAAGUGAAAGGAGAUGAUGUUGGUUGUGUGGUAAAGAACUCUGCCACGUUGGUCGGUACAAUGUACACUUUGCAUGCUGCUGAAAGUCACAUUGAUCUUCCAACACUUACUGAGAAAGACAGAGUAACAUUCUUCAGUUUCCUAUUUGUUAUGCCUAUCAUAGCUACGUGGGGAGUAAAAAACAAGAUCGACUUCCUCUCUCUGUCACAUGCUAGACAUGUGGAAGAUGUUCGACAAGCUCGACAAUUUCUUUCUAAGCUAGGUGACCUUAACCAAACCCAAAUAUUUGCAAAGAUUGAAAGUGUAGAGAAAACUGCCCUUUAUAGAUGUAAUAUGGCUGGAAAGCCUGCUGUUUUAACUCGUGUGGUAGACAGCAUGACUAACAACUUGAGACCUACCCGUGCAGUAGCUACUGAUGUUGCCAAUGCUGUACUUGAUGGAAGUGAUGCAAUUAUUCUUGGGGCUGAGACAUUGCAUGGAUUACGUCCAGUAGAAACCAUUUCAACCGUUAGUAGAAUAUGUGUUGAGGUUAUUGGAGCGUUUUGGUAUUUAUUCACUAUAGAGAUAAAAACAACUUGUUGGGAAGAAAGCUAGGCAAAUUGGCCUCUAAACUGCAAUUACAUAGGCAAACUUGAGUGCCAAUUUGAGUGCCAAUUUGAGUGCCGACACCUUUUGCUCUCCAAAAGCUGAAAAUGCUUCCAAUUUUUUUGAAUUUGGAGUAUUCAAAGACGCUCUUCGUAUUGUGGGAUCAAGAGAGAUCGUGAAGUAUCUAUUUUUGGUGGGGUCUACAAAAAUUGAGGACUAAAGGGAAAUGAAGUAUAACCGAACAUGGAACCUUUGCAAGCAAAGGGAGGUUUUUUGUUCCUCUUCUUUUUUUUUUCCAUCUUUAGAAUCUUGGUUAAAAUUAAAAUUCUUUAUUCUUAGAAUAAAUACCAUGCCUACUUUGCUUUUUAGUUUAGAAAAGCAUGUCUGCUUAACCUUUGAGCAUGAAGCUCGGGUUUGUGAUUGUGUUUGUUAUUUGAAUAUCUUAGGUAUGUUGAAAAUGCAUACUUUGAUAGCUUAGAAAUGAGUAGAAGACAUGCUAUCCAUUUUCUGAAUAUUGUGAUUACUGUACAUACUUAAUAAUAUGUGCUACUAAAAACAUGACCCAGCCAAAACCAGACUUGUUUAGACCUUCGAGUUUAGCCAGUUAGGUCGAGUAGAAUGUAUUGAGCUCCCUCAGUAUCAGAACUUAUGAACUCUUAACUUUUGGCCUAACCAAAACCAGACCUGUCUCGUCCUUAGAUUUCAGCCGGUUAGGUCAAGUAGCGUUACGCUCCCUCAGUAUCAGAACUUGUGUGGGGAACUAUUCACUUUUGGCCUAACCAAACCCAGACCUGCCUCCCCCUUAGAGUUCAGCCGGUUAGGUCAAGUAGAAUGUGUUGGGCUCCCUCAGUAUCAGAGCUUGUGUGGGGAACUCUUCACUUUUGGCCUAACCAAAAACCAUACCUUCCUCGCCCUUAGAUUUCAGCUGGUUAGGUCAAGUAGAAUAGGUUGGGCUCCCUCAGUAUCAGAGCUUGUGUGGGGAACUCUUCACUUUUGGCCUAACCAAAACCAGACCUUCCUCGCCCUUAGAUUUCAGCCGGUUAGGUCAAGUAGAAUGCAUUGGGCUCCCUCAGUAUCAGAACUUGUGUGGGGAACUCUUCACUUUUGGCCUAACCAAACCCAGACAUACCUUGCCUUUAGAGUUCAGCCGGUUAGGUCAAGUAGAAUGCGUUGGGCUCCCUCAGUAUCAGAGCUUGUGUGGGGAACUCUUCACUUUUGGCCUAACCUAACCCAGACCUUCCUCGCCCUUAGAUUUCAACCGGUUAGGUCAAGUAGAAUGCGUUGGGCUCCCUCAGUAUCAGAACUUGUGUGGGGAACCCUUCACUUUUGGCCUAACCAAAACCAGACCUGCCUCGCCCUUAAAAUUCAGCCGGUUAGGUCAAGUAGAAUGCGUUGGGCUCCCUCAGUAUCAGAGCUUGUGUGGGGAACUCUUCACUUUUGGCCUAACCAAACCCAGACCUCCCUCGCCCUUAGAGUUCAGCCGGUUAGGUCAAAUAGAAUGCGUUGGGCUCCCUCAGUAUCAGAACUUGUGUGGGGAACUCUUCACUUUUGGCCUAACCAAAACCAGACCUGCCUCGCCCUUAGAGUUCAACCGGUUAGGUCAAGUAGAAUGCGUUGGGCUC